CCAUUCUUGUUUUUUCUGUAUCGACUACGAAAAAAAAUCAACUUAAAAUCCUUAAAAGUACAAAUAAAGAAGAAAAAGAAUCUAGAAAAUGUAGAAGAUUCAUGUUUAAUGCUGUUUUUCUAGAAGACAAGCAUAUUUAUCUUGUGUGUCUUCCAACUUCAAGUGGGUUAUUUACAUUUCGCAAAUAUUUAAGCAGAGAAAUUAUCCGAACAUUUACCACAUAAAAACGCAUCUAGAACUUAAUGGCAGGAGAUGAACUUGUAAAAACUAACAUGUAAACCAAGAGAAGAGGGUGUAAAUGAGGCAAAUUAGGGGUUGCAGAACAUUAUUGGACGGAUUUAUAAAAACUCAGGCGCCCAACCAACAAAGUAACCAGGAAAACCCUAACUACUGAGGUCAAUCGAAAAUUCAGAGAGCGAGAGCAACAGCAAGAAACCCGACCAGACUUACUUGGCCAGACUUAAAACGAUUUUAAAGACCAACUUAAGUAUUUCCAAGCUCAAUAACAACAGUCAUUUGUAAACUGUCUUGCCAAUCGUAACAUCAAAAUAUUAUAACGCUUUUUUAAUAAAUUCUACAAAACACUUUUUUGUCAUUUUCGCAACGGUCAUCAGCAGCAUCAUCAAUAUGAAAUUAUAUUGGCAUUUAUUUUUUGCUGCAGUCAUCUUGUUAAUACAGGAAAAUGUAUGUGUACCCGCCAUACGUCCCUUAUCUAACCAGCGUCGCAUUAUAUUUCCCGAAGACAAUUGGGAUGAUUGUUUUCUAGACAAAGAAUCCACGCAACCGGGCAUGUGUAAAUCGCUUGAACAGUGUCCCGAAAUAUUAAGGAAAUGGGACAAAGAAAACGUUUACCCCAAAACCUGUUAUUUCAUUAAAAAAGAACAAUUUGUUUGUUGUCCCAUUGCAACGGCUAAAGAGGCCACUACUACCACUAAGAAGCCAUUUAGUAUUUUCCACGAUGUAUUUAAUACUGAUCCCGGCUUAGCUACUAAAACUACUACCGCUAAAAGGCCUUCUAAUAUAUUUUUAGAUAAUUUAACUACCAAACCCACUUCGAAGAGACCCUCAAAUAUUUUUCUUGAUAAAGUGACAGCUACAGAUAACACAACUACCAAGAAACCUUCAAUUAUUAUACCCGAUAUUUUUAAUACCGAAAAACCUUUUAAUGAUAAAAGACGCAGUGAAAUAGAGUGUGAUUUACAAAAUCCCGAUAUUAAUGGAGAAUCUACUAAAUUGAAUGAAUUUCCUUUUAUGGCUGCCUUAGGCUUCAAAUCUAACGGCGAUAAUAAAAUUUGGUAUCCCUGUAGUGGCGUGUUAAUUUCCUCGAGAUAUAUUUUAACAGCAGCCCACUGUGCCGAAAUAGGAGGAGAAAAACCUUCAUUUGUGCAAUUGGGUAAUGCUAAUCUAAGAGAAACGGAGGAAGGUUCUAUUAAAAUUAAGCAAAUCAUUAAGCACCAAAGCUAUGAAGCCAGUAAGGCCAUCUAUAAUGAUAUAGCUUUAGUGGAAUUGGAUCAGGAAGUAAAUAAUCGUCCAGUUUGUUUAUGGUUCUUGCCGGAUAUACCCAUAACAAAACUCACCUCCUUGGGCUAUGGACACUCACGUUUAGAUGGCUUAGGUCCUAAUGAAUUAGUAAAAUCACCUUUAACUACUAUAGAAAAUGCUGAAUGCCAAGAAAUCUAUAAUCUAGAUGAUAAAUUUGAAAAUAUGAAUAUCGGUGAUGAUCAUGUAUGUGCUGGUGAAAAGGAUCAACUGCAGGAAUCUUGCCAAGGUGAGACGGGUGGCUCUUUAAUUAUGGAACUGGACAAAGUAUUUUAUGUCGUGGGUAUAAGUUCGUAUGGCUUGGGUUGUGCCGAUCUACCACCCUCGAUAUAUACGAGAGUUUCUUCGUUUAUCGAUUGGAUUGAACAAAUUGUUUGGCCAGAAAUUGAUGUGAGAUUUGAUAGAAAAUAAGUGGAAUUUUUAGUUUUAUUUUUGUAUCCUUAUAAUAUUUAAAAAAAGGAAAAUUACUUUUAAUAAAAACAAUAUUUUAUAUAUUUAUAUGAUAUAAAUAUUUAACGAA